ACCUACUUCGUACUGGGCGGCGGAGGACCCAGGGCUGUCGGGGAUUGCUCGUACAACUCGAGCUCCGGGGCAGCGUCUAGCGCUUCCUAGGCAGGGACCUCCAGGAAGGAGGGCCUCUGAAGCAGCGCCUACCUCUUUUCCCUCUGGCCCCAGGAUGGCGGACUCGGAGCAUAGCUCGACUCCCAAAUGCUUAGCCGCCUGCACUGCAUUCUCCCGCACCCGCAAGGGGAUUUUCCUCUUGGCCGAGAUGGCCUAGGGCACCGCUUAUUUACCUGGACAACUCCCCACCACGUCCCCCGGGAUGCUCCUGCCGCCCUGCCUCUGGUGCCCCUCCGGCUUCCCACCCUCCAUUUUCCUGGGCCAGCGGGGGUGCUGUGUUUGCUGAUCAUCAUAUGUUACUCAGCCUCCGGGGUAGUGGGUUACCUUACUCUACCUGUGUUGGAGAUGGUCCUGGCCGGCUUUCUUUUCGUCAUCUUUAUGUUGAACAAACAUCACCAAUUGCAGUUCAUCAACUGGCCCUGGAGUGACUUCUUCCGAGCUCUCAUCGCAUCUGUCCUCUUCUUCAUUGCCUCACUCAUUACCAUCAUCAAAAAUGUGGAUGCUCAGAGUAUGGUUGGAGGGGUAUUGGGCCUGGUGGCCACCAUCCUGUUUGCCUAUGAUGCCUAUAGCACUUUCCAAGGCCAGCGGAGCCACCACACCCCAGCUGCCACUGAGUCUCCCGAUGGCCCCUCGUAGCACCAAUGUGGCCACCAUGGGCUCCCUCACUCACAAAAGGAGGAUGAAGAGGAUGACCAGUGGAGCAGCCCAAGUGUCUGUGCAUCUCCCUCAGCCCCUGCUUGCAGGAACCAGUCUCUUUGCCCCUGGGAGCCUCAGCUGCAGCCCUCAGCCAAGUUGGACCAACUUGUCCCAGAGAGGAGGCCAAGGGUUUUGGGGCAGAGGGCAGGGAGAGGAUGAAUAAACGGGUAAUAAAUUGG